AAAAAAUCUCCUCACUUUGACUAAGAAACAAACUAUAUAAACCGGAUCGAACCAAGCCUAACCGGUCCUAUCAUUGUUCUCUGUCCCUCUGCUACCUCCUCCGAUUUGUAAGAAAAAAAUGACGUCCAAGAAAGAAAAGAAGUUGACUAAGAGUUACUUCGACGUUCUUGGAAUCUGCUGUACAUCGGAGGUUCCUCUGAUUGAGAACAUUCUCAAAUCUCUCGACGGAAUCAAGGAAUAUUCCGUCAUCGUGCCGUCAAGGACCGUCAUCGUCGUCCAUGAUAGUCUCAUCAUCUCCCAGUUACAUAUUGUGAAAGCACUCAACCAAGCGAGGCUAGAAGCCAAUGUGAGGGUGACCGGAGAAACAAACUUUAAAAAUAAAUGGCCAAAUCCAUUCGCGGUGGUUUCCGGCAUACUUCUCCUCCUUUCAUUCUUCAAAUAUCUUUACUCUCCGUUCCGUUGGCUCGCCGUCGCAGCCGUUGUCGCAGGAAUAUAUCCAAUACUAGCCAAAUCAAUAGCAUCCAUUGCAAGGUUUAGAAUCGACAUCAACGUUCUUGUUAUAAUAACCGUGGGAGCAACACUUGGUAUGCAAGACUAUACAGAAGCUGCAGCAGUUGUAUUCUUAUUCACAAUCGCUGAAUGGCUCCAAUCUAGGGCUAGCUAUAAGGCAAGUGCGGUGAUGCAGUCUCUGAUGAGUUUAGCUCCACAGAAGGCAGUGAUUGCAGAGACUGGAGAAGAAGUUGAAGUGGAUGAGCUAAAGAUCAAUACUGUUAUAGCUGUCAAAGCUGGUGAAACCAUACCUAUUGAUGGAGUUGUUGUGGAUGGUAACUGUGAGGUUGAUGAGAAAACCUUGACCGGUGAAGCCUUCCCUGUGCCUAAACUGAGAGAUUCAAUAGUUUGGGCUGGAACCAUCAAUCUUAAUGGUUACAUAACUGUGAAAACAACUUCUCUAGCUGAGGAUUGUGUGGUUGCAAAGAUGGCUAAGUUAGUGGAAGAAGCUCAGAACAGCAAAACCGAAACUCAGAGAUUUAUAGACCAAUGUUCUAAGUACUAUACUCCAGCCAUCAUCAUAAUAUCACUCUGUUUUGUGGUUAUCCCAUACGCAUUGAAGGUUCACAACCUUAAACAUUGGCUACACUUAGCACUAGUUGUGUUAGUAAGUGCUUGUCCUUGUGGGCUUAUUCUCUCAACACCAGUAGCCACUUUCUGUGCCCUAACUAAGGCAGCCACAUCAGGACUUCUGAUCAAAGGAGCUGAUUAUCUUGAGACCUUAGCCAAGAUCAAAACCGUUGCUUUUGACAAAACUGGGACCAUCACUAGAGGCGAGUUCAUAGUCAUGGAUUUUAAGUCACUUUCCAGAGAUACAAGCUUGCAGAGCUUGCUUUACUGGGUAUCAAGCGUGGAGAGCAAGUCAAGCCAUCCAAUGGCUGCUACACUUGUGGACUAUGCAAAAUCUGUCUCUGUUGAACCUAAGCCUGAAGCGGUUGAAGACUAUCAGAACUUUCCAGGAGAAGGUAUCUACGGAAAGAUAGAUGGCAAAGAAGUCUAUAUUGGUAACAAAAGGAUUGCCUCCAGAGCCAAGUGUUCAUCAGUUCCAGAUACUGAUGUUGAUACUAAAGGAGGAAAGACUGUUGGAUAUGUUUAUGUUGGAGAAACACUUGCUGGUAGCUUCAAUCUCUCAGAUGCUUGUAGAUCAGGUGUAGCUCAAGCUAUGAAAGAACUGAAAUCUUUGAGGAUCAAGACUGCAAUGCUUACAGGAGAUAACCAAGCUGCUGCAAUGCAUGCUCAAGAACAAAUAGGGAAUGCUAUAGAUAUAGUUCAUGCAGAACUUCUUCCAGAAGGCAAAUCUGAAAUCAUCAAAGAGUUCAAGAGAGAUGGUCCAACGGCUAUGGUGGGAGACGGUUUAAAUGAUGCACCAGCUUUGGCUACAGCUGAUAUUGGUAUCUCAAUGGGUAUCUCAGGCUCAGCUCUUGCAACAGAGACUGGUAAUAUAGUUUUGAUGUCUAAUGACAUCAGGAGAAUACCACAAGCGAUAAGGCUUGCACGGAGAGCUAAAAGGAAAGUGGUGGAGAAUGUGGUUUUGUCCAUCACUAUGAAAGGAGCAAUUCUUGGUUUGGCAUUUGCUGGUUACCCGUUGAUUUGGGCAGCUGUUCUUGCAGAUGUGGGGACUUGUCUGCUUGUGAUACUCAAUAGCAUGUUGUUGCUUAGGGAUAAACAAAAGGGUGGCAACAAAUGUUAUAGGUCUUCUCCUUGUGUCUUGAAUGUGGAGAAACAUGAAGGUGAUGUUGCUAGAGACAUGGAAGCAGGGUUAUUACCAAAGAGAAGUGAUGAUAAGGUUUGCAAGUCAAGCUGUUGUGGAAAGAAGAGUCAAGAGAAAGUGAUGAAACCACGUCAUGGUCACUCUGGUUGUUGUGACAAGAAAGAGAAUGAUAAUGUAGAGUUUGUGAAGAAGAGCUGUGACUCAGGGUGUUGUGGUAGCGGUAACAAGACUCAGCUUGGAACUGGCUCAAUACUAAAUGAUGCUUCUUCAACCUUAGUUAAUCUGGAAGAAGAGGUGAAAGUUUGUUGCGCAAGGCAUGUUGAUCCUGUGGUAGGUAGCUUGGAAGUGAAGAGUGAUGGGCAUUGUUGUGAGACGAGUUGCUGUGAAAGUUCUAAGAAAGAUAAAGAAGAGACCUGUUGUGAGGUGAAAACAGAGGAGGCUUGCAAGUCUAAUUGUAACAGCAGAGAGAGUAGUCACAGUCAUGAUGAUCACCACCAUGCUUGAAAGAGAUUGUGAUUGAGUUAGCUAUAGAUUAUUAUAUGCUUACAUUUGUAACCUUUUCAUCUUGGAAUCAUCAGCGAGGAUGAUGAUGUAUUAUUGAUG